AUGCUGCCUCUUCGCUGCGACUUUGCACUGCGACUCUCGUCUUUCUUUACUCUUUUACUCUUCUUUGCUCUUCUUUACUCUUCUCUUCUUCUUCUCUUCUACUUCUACUUCUUCUACUUCUUCUACUUCUACUCUCUGUCCUGCUUCUCUGCCGUCGCCGUCCCUUGGCAGCCUUCCGCUCCUCCCAAGGCCCUAAGCCCGCCAACCAGGACUAGUUACUUAACCAGAACGCCCUUCUCGUCUCUUCCUCUCUCUCUCGCUCUCUCUCUCUCCUCCCUGCGUGAAACACCUCCGUCGCCCUCGCCCUCGCCCUCGCCUGCGCCCUCGACCGUCCUCACAGCUGCAGGGCUUUCUCUUGCUUCUCCUUCUCCUUCUUCCUCGCUUGAGCCUCGCUGGCCCUCUCGCCGUCCCCGUCGGCCCUUUUACCCCGACUGUACCCACGGCAAGAUCCGCUCUUGGUCGCCUUUUCUUAGUUCCCUCGCCUGCAGCCAGCCCUGCGCUGCGUCGACAAAAGACCCUCGCCGAAAUACGAUCGUCGCCGUUGCUACAAAGACGCUUCCCUCUUCCGUCUUCCUUCUUCCUCCUGUUCCUACGCCCUAUUCUGUGUCCAGAUGGUCCAGCGCGCCUCCGUCGAACCGCCUGUCUGUUGACCCGAUCGUCCCAUAUAUAACUGCUAUUUAUAUACAUUUAUAUAUAUAUAUUAUAUUCAUUCCUGUGCUGCUCUGCGCCGGCCCUCCUCUGGCUUGGCUGCGUGAGAGCCGCACCUCCGCCAACGGUACCGCAGCCUCGAAGAAGGACUCGGCUCCCUUGCCCAAGACGCCGCUCCAGAAACUCCUCUCGGACGCCGGACCGCUCAAAAGUGAUGGCAGUGACAAGUUCUUUGGCAUGGAGAAUGCCCCAUUCGCCAACACAUGGUUAGUCAGGGACAUCUCCUUCUCUUUGGAUAUAAUAAUGUCUUUCCUAACAGGCCUUACCUCUCACAGCUACUGCAAUUCCAUCCUCCAAUGUCUAUAUUACUCCGCCCCCUUUAGAGAGUCCGUCAUAAACUACCCCCAGCGCUCUCCGCCAGAGUCGCUCAAACACGCACUCUCCACCAACUUCAAGUACCCGGACCCAGACAUCUCGCUCGAAGAAGCACUGCUCCAGACCAAGCUCAAGCAGCAGCAGCUCGCCACCAGCAAUGGAGUCAGACCAACACUCAACCCGCAGAACCAGAUCCCAAAGGCAGAGGACAAGGACUCGCCAGAGUACAAGAAGAAAGUCGCCAUGCAUACCCUGCCCGUCCUCGAGACGACCGACAAUUCUCAAAACUACGGCAUGCAGGAGUCCCUCUUUACCUCGCUAAAGGACAUAUUCGAGUCCAUAGCCGCCAGCGAGGAACGCGUCGGUGUCGUCAGACCACAGCACUUCCUCGACGUCCUACGGCGGGAAAAUGAGAUGUUCAGAACGGCCAUGCACCAGGACGCCCACGAGUUUCUGAACCUGCUGCUCAACGAAGUCGUCAACAAUGUCGAGGCCGAGGCAAACAGGACCUCCAUGCUCGAAGCAGACGCCGACUCAGAGUCAAGCACUGCAACCUCCACUUCCGUCGCAACUACACUGGCUACCUCUGUCGGCGGCAGCGCAAAGUCCCCCUACAGCACUCGCUGGGUCCACGAGCUGUUCGAGGGGAAGCUCACCUCCGAAACAGAGUGUCUUACCUGUGAAAAGAAAUCCCAGCGUGACGAGGCAUUCCUCGAUCUCUCCGUCGACCUGGAACAGCACUCCUCCGUAACCUCAUGUCUGCGGAAAUUCUCGCAGGAAGAGAUGCUCUGCGAACGCAACAAGUUCCACUGUGAUAACUGCGGCGGCCUGCAGGAAGCUGAAAAGAGAAUGAAGAUAAAGCGUCUGCCCAGGAUAUUGGCCCUGCACCUGAAACGCUUCAAGUACACCGAAGACCAGCAAAGGUUACAGAAGCUGUUCCAUCGUGUCGUCUAUCCUUACUACCUACGACUCUUCAAUACCACAGACGAUGCCGAGGACCCGGACCGCCUGUACGAGCUCUAUGCCGUGGUCGUGCAUAUCGGCGGCGGGCCCUACCAUGGCCACUAUGUAGCUAUCAUAAAAACCGAAGACAGAGGCUGGCUGCUGUUCGAUGACGAGAUGGUCGAACCCGUCGACAAAAGCUAUGUGCGCAAUUUCUUCGGUGACAAGCCGGGCCAGGCUUGUGCCUAUGUCUUGUUCUACCAGGAAACUACCUUCGAGGCCAUGCAGCGCGAGCUGCAGAGUGACGAGCGCAUGUCUGCCGCUUCAAAGUCUCAGGAUGCGGAUCUGGCACCCUUGGCGGCUCUGGACUUGAAAACUACCGGAAAUCAGCCAAUCCCAACACCGCCGCAGGAUAUCAGUCGGGUUCGCAGUGCCAUACCCCAGCUCCCUACAACAACAGACAGCUCAACCGCUGGCUCAUUCAACCCCAUCAAACUGAUACCCAGCGCACCGCAGCUCUCGAAUAUAGGUGAUGCCCCGCCAACCGCCCUCCCUACCACGGCAGCCAAUUCACAACCAGCCACUGCACCUACGCCAUCGUCUAACAAACUGCCCAUCUCUCUACCUCGUAUCCCUCUGAUGUCUCGAACUCCUGACCGAACCGCCGAAAUUCAGUCCAAAAAGGAACGAGCUCGUGAAGAAAAGGACCGCAAGGCUCAGGAGAAAGAAAUCCAGAAGCAGAAACGCAAGGAACAGGAGAAAGCAGAGGCCCGUCUGAGAGAGCUAGCGAAGAAGGAAGAACAGCAGAUCAAAUCUGCCCUCGACGCAAGUAAACUUACGGCUAAAGAAGAGAAAAAGAGACUGUCCUCUGAGAAGAAACGGUUGUCCUCAGAGGGUGCAUCCGACGCUGCCAAUGGUAACGGCAGCACCAAUGCUAAUGGGAAUGGAAAUACCAAUGGAAUCGCCAAUGGUUUCACGAACGGCAUCAACGGAAUCGCAGGCGGACUGGGCAGACUCAAACUCGGCAGCCGAACACUCAGCUACAGCAGAAAACACAAAGACAACAACACCUCCAACAAUAACAAAGACAACAAGGAUAACAAGGACAACAAGGACAAAGUGCCAGCCCUACCUACUGCUUCUGCUUCUGCCAUGAACGGCAACCCUACUGCUUCAGACAUCACUAUCACGCCCAAAAACUUCCAACGACGGGAUCUCGAUACCUCAUCCAGUGCAAUCACUGAUGCAGCUAACCAGCCUCCCGCUUCAGGCUCUGCUUCCGGGUCCGGAACGAGCGAGCAGCCCCAUCUAGCAGCCAGAGUACUCGCACAGGCUGAGCAGGAGGAUUUCUCCUCGCACCAGCAACAGUCGCAGAUCACUUCACUCCCACAACCACCCCCUACUCCAUCUCCGCCGAAACAACCCACCCCCCGACGAAGCAGGUUCAGCCUCCGCAAAAAGUCAUUCAGUGUGCUAUAA